GUGGAUGGAUGAGGUCAGCGCCGCGGCGUCGGGGAAUGGAAUGUGCGAGCGGAACGUUCGGGACCGGGUAACGUUCGGCGAUCGAACGCGGCCGCCGGCAACGUUCGGAGAGGGGGCCGGGCCGCCUCCGCGGGGCUUCCGCGGGCGGGAAUGAAUGGCUGAGCGGGGCGGGGGCUGAACCGAGGAGGAGGCGGCGGCGGCGGCCAAGGAGGAAGCAGCAGCAGCAGGAGGAGGAUCCCUGGCUGGAUCCAUCCCGGGGGCCAAGCAGCGAGAUCGCCCAAGAAGAAGCCGGAGCCCCCCCUCCCCCCCGAGCCUGGAGACUGCAAGGCAGGCAGAGAAAUGCAGGGAUUUGUAAGGUUACUGCGCUCGGGCUGGAAGGUGUAACCCCGGCGGUGCUGUCGGCGUGAACCGGAGCCGGCUGGUGCUGUUCGCUUUCCCGUUUGCUUCUGGAGCCGGCCGAUCGGGGGGGGUCUUUCCCUUCCAUACGCCCCUCUCUCUUUCUCUCUGGAUGUCUGCGAGUUGAAGUUGCGACCGCUGCACCUUUUUUGAGAAGCCUCGUGUGUCUCUGUGUGUGUGUGUGUCUGUGUGUGUGCAUGAGAGAGGGAGGAAGGGAGAGGGCGGGACGAAUCUCUCCCAGGCUUGCCACAGCAGAUUUGAGGGCGGCGGGGAUUGCAUUUUGUGGAGCUGGGGGCUUUGUGUGUGGCUGUGCACGCGGGUGCGGGCAAGGACCUUCCCGUGCAAAAACCGCUUCGGGGGUGAGAUUCUCCGCCUGCCCUCUUUCUCUCUCUCUCUCUUUCUGUCUGCCCCUUUCUCUCUCUCUCUCUCUCUCUCUCUCUCUCUCUCCCCCUAUCCCUCCGCUCUCCACCCCCCCUCCCGGUCCAUUGUGCGAGCCAAAGAUGAAAGACAGGAGGGGAGAAAGUUAAAGAAAUCGCCCACAUGCGCUGCAUCAGUCCAAGGCUUUGGGAAAGGAAUAAAGAGAAGGUGGGAGAAGAGAGUUUGAAGUCUUUGCAGGCAGGAAGAUGGCGGACUCAAGCUGAAAGUGUCGAUUGGCAAACUUGGGCGAUCUUUGUGUUUAUUUACAAUCCUCUUGACCCAGAUAGGACACAUGCAGGCCAAAAAACGCUAUUUCAUCCUGCUCUCCGCUGGCACCUUUGUCGUCUUUCUCUUUUACUUCGGAGGCUUGCAGUUCAAAGCGUCCAGAAACCAAAGCAGGCGAGAGAUCCACAGUAGCAGGAAUGGGUUGCAACACACCAGCCCCGAGCACUACUGGCCCCGAUUCCCGGACGCUUUGCGCCCCUUCGUUCCUUGGGAUCAGCUGGAGAACGAGGACUACAACGUGCACACUUCCCCGCGCCAGAAGCGAGACGCCAACGCCAGCAUCUACAAAGGCAAGAAGUGCCGGAUGGAGUCCUGCUUCGAUUUUGCCCUCUGCAAGAAGAACGGCUUCAAGGUCUACGUCUACCCGCAGCAGAAAGGGGAGAAGAUCGCCGAAAGUUACCAAAACAUCCUUGCGGCCAUUGAAGGCUCUCGGUUUUAUACUUCCGAUCCCAGCCAGGCGUGUCUGUUUGUCCUCAGCUUGGAUACCCUAGACAGGGACCAGCUCUCCCCGCAGUACGUCCACAACCUGAGGUCCAAAGUACUGAGUCUCCACUUGUGGAACAAUGGUAGGAAUCAUUUAGUUUUUAAUUUAUAUUCCGGCACCUGGCCCGAUUACACCGAAGACGUGGGGUUCGACAUCGGCCAGGCCAUGUUAGCCAAAGCUAGCAUCAGUACUGAAAACUUCCGGCCCAAGUUUGACAUUUCUAUUCCGCUGUUUUCUAAGGAUCACCCGAGGACAGGAGGGGAGAAGGGUUUCUUGAAGUUUAACACCAUUCCUCCUCUCAGGAAGUAUAUGUUGGUAUUCAAGGGGAAAAGGUACCUGACUGGGAUAGGGUCCGACACCAGGAAUGCCUUAUAUCAUGUCCAUAACGGAGAGGAUGUUCUUCUCUUGACCACUUGCAAGCAUGGUAAAGAUUGGCAAAAGCACAAAGAUUCACGGUGCGACAGAGACAACGCCGAGUAUGAAAAGUACGAUUAUCGUGAAAUGCUGCACAAUGCCACUUUCUGUCUGGUCCCCCGUGGCCGGAGGCUUGGAUCCUUCCGGUUCCUGGAGGCCCUGCAGCUGUUUCGCAAGAGGCGCUCGGUGCCGAGAGUUCAUAGGCAGAUUGUAUUGCUGCGAUACCUCCGCGGAGAGGGCUUCCCCAGCACAGAGAGAAGGUCAAGGCUGACUCCAGAUUUCAGUCAACGGGAACUGAAAAUUCUACUGCCGGUUGUGAACGGCAAAGCCGACAGGGUCAUGAGCAGUCGUUUCUUGCCCUACGAGAACAUUAUCACUGAUGCGGUUUUAAGCCUCGACGAGGAUACGGUGCUUUCGACCACUGAGGUGGAUUUUGCCUUUACGGUUUGGCAGAGCUUUCCAGAGAGGAUUGUGGGCUAUCCUGCCCGCAGCCAUUUUUGGGACAAUACCAAGGAGAGGUGGGGCUACACAUCUAAAUGGACUAAUGACUAUUCCAUGGUAUUGACCGGAGCUGCUAUUUACCACAAAUAUUAUCACUACCUGUACACGCAUUACCUGCCUGCCAGCCUGAAGAACAUGGUGGACCAACUGGCAAAUUGUGAGGACAUUUUAAUGAAUUUCUUAGUGUCAGCUGUGACGAAAUUGCCUCCAAUCAAAGUAACGCAGAAGAAACAAUAUAAGGAGACCAUGAUGGGACAGACUUCCAGGGCUUCUCGUUGGGCCGACCCAGACCACUUCGCUCAGAGGCAGAGCUGCAUGAACACUUUUGCCAGCUGGUUUGGCUAUAUGCCGCUGAUCCAUUCUCAGAUGAGGCUCGAUCCCGUGCUCUUUAAAGAUCAAGUCUCAAUCCUGAGGAAGAAAUAUCGAGACAUUGAACGACUCUGAGGAGCCCAGCUGCGGGUUGGGGAGAGGGGUGGGGAAGUGAGGCAACCGGACUGUUCCCUCAGCCCAGUGCAAAUCCACUGACUCUUGGAACGAGCCAGUACCCAGAACACACAAAAAAAGAACUUUUAACAUGGCCAUUGGAAAAGCCACCAAAGUGCAGGCUCCCAAGGGAAACUCAUUGCGCUGGACUGCUUCAAACCACCUCGCAGGGCCGCAGGUCGCUCAAGACUAGGUUGUGUACAGUUUCAUUAUGGAACAUUAAAUAAUUAUUUUUUGAAAUGAUUGCUAUGCAGGUUUAAACUUUUUUAAUGAUAAAAAAACCUAUUAAAAACAGAGUUCUUUCUUUAA